AUGUUCCCAUUCAGAAAGUUUACUCAUGGCGAGUGGAAAUCAAACAACCACGGCAAGAGGAUAAUCUCAGAGCAGCAGCAGGAGUUGGCUGAUCGUGUGAUCAGUGAAUCUGACCGCCUGGUGGAUGAGAUUCGUUUGAAAACCCAUCAAAACCAUGGCGAGAGCAAUCACAGACUCGGCGAGAGGAUCACUGACAUCAAGUUCCUCAGGGAUGAGCUGGAGAGACACAAGGCCGAAGCAUGUGCCGAGGAGGAGGCCCUGAAGACGUAUCGCAUGAGAAUCUCCAGGGCUCUAGCCGUCUUCCGUGAGAAAUAUCUUCCAAUUGUCAGUAAAUGCAUUGCCGUGAGACAAGAAAGACUCCAAACGGAUGUCGUGCGAGAUGAAGUGGAGCGAGAGCUAGAGAAGGAAUUGAGGACCACUGAGGAGUCCCUGGAGGCUCUGCAGAAAGCCCAUUUAGAUACAAACGAACAGAUACGCAAAAUCCGCGCUGCAAUGUAUCAAGUGGACAAGGACAUCUUCCUGAAGGCUUCAGCUCAGAGUAUCGAUGAGAAGUGUCUGGAAAUAAAGCCUUCCCAAUUGAAUCUGCGCGUGCAGAAAGUUAAUCCUGAGGAAGAGACUUUUGCGACCACGAUGGAGUCCUGGCAAAGGAUCACUCUUGACACCAUCCAGAGGACUUCCCAAGAGAUCAACAGAGGCCGAACCUUACGCUCCUUUGUUGACAUUCUACUGCGUCAAGUGGCCGAAGACAUUUUCACACGCACCGAAGCCACGAAUGUGGCCUUCAAGAAGCGCAUCGCGGAAGUCAGAGCCACCAAAGAUCGCCUGGAGGACAUCCAUAGAGAGACAUCGCGCCAGGUGAACGAGAUCGAGCGGAACCUCGGCAAGCUGGAGCACGAAUUGGCGACUAAAGAGGGCUUCUUGGCCGCGUGCACGACGAGACUUAGUGAACGCGCACGGCGUCCGGCGUCCGAGCUGUGUCUGGACAUUCCGCAGGAAACACUGCUCCGGGAAUUGGCCAACCUCACGCUGAGUUGCAAGCAACUGACACAGAUGAUCGCGGACACGAAGACGACGCAGAGAUACCUCCUGAACACGCAGAUGCAGCAAGAGCAGGAGAUCAACGUGAAGAUGAACUCGCUGAAGGUGGACGAAGUGGACUGCAUGUCCAUCCGCCAGGGACUGGAGUUCCAGAGCUUCUAA